AUGAUAGUUUUCGUUUCAGUGGAUAAAGAUGAUGACAAUACUAUUGAGUUGAAUUCGUCUGUUCACGAUUGUGUUCAGCAAUCAUCUUGUCGUCUGUGUUUUGCAAACAGUGACGAUCCUCUUAUUGGGUUGCGUACGUUUUGUAUACCGCUGCGGGCGAGCAACCUGCAACCUAGUGAAAUGAAGAAGAUUGUAUUCAUUGGGAAUAUUAAUUACUUGAAAAGAGAAUGGGAACAACUUUGUAAUUUUCCCGAAAUCAACGUCAUGCCGGGUUCACCAUUCAACCGUGCUGAUCUUAACGCUGUAAAUGCUAACCUUGCAGCAAUGGUGGUUGUAUUGUCGCCAAUAGUUCAAUCUGGUUCAAUUCACAAUAAUCAGGCAUUAGCAGACAAGGAGUCAAUUAUGGCCAGUCUUAAUUUGAAAGCUAUGCCAUUUGAUGAUGUCACCCGGGUUCUUCCACAGGAAAAGAUUGCACAUAUAAAAAAUGACGACGAGACAGGUUUAUCUCAAAGAAGCCGAUUUAAAUCUUUAUCAAAACUGAAGGAAGCCAGCGGUGUCUUGCCUAUGAUUACUGAACUGGUAUUUGACAACAACGUGCAAUAUUUGGACGAUGAAGACGAAGAUGAAGAUGGAAAGUUUUAUGAAACUCAACCUUUUGCAUGUGGACAUGCUUUCACUGUUUCAGUACUCGAUUCUUUGAUGACAGCUACAUACUUUAAUUCUGACGUGUUAAACUUGGUACGGGCUCUUGUUACGGGAGGAGUCAGUGUUAAACUUGAAGCACAAUUUGCGGAAGGACGAGAAAUACGGGGGGUGCUAGAGACGCCAGAAAUAUUUGCAUUUAGACGCAGAGCAAAACUUGUUCAGGUACCUCUUUACGAAGGACCUUUCAAACAGUUUGAAGAAUUUUGUACGUUUGGCGAACUCUUUAGGCAUGCUUUAAAGAAGUUCUGCAUGGUAUGUAUUGGUAUUUAUCGUCUUUUGGAUGGAUCAAGUGUUCGACGUUAUGUCAUUACAGCUCCAAAGGCAGAAUUUUCAUUGAAUUCGAGCGAUCUGAUAUUUGGACUUGCUCAAAGUGAUUUUGAAACUUGUCAGAAUCGUGAAAACUAACGAUAAUCUUACUCGCAACGUUUUCAUUGUCUUUAUCGGGUAUUUUAUGAAAUUUUAUAACAUUUCAAAUGGUUUUGAAAAAAUCGUGAAUUUUUUGUACAUCACAGACAAUAGCAUCUUGUAAUUUUUAUAUCAAGACGUCACUUGCAUUUCUCGUUCAUUUUCAUAUGAAAUUUGAUUUUCUGAAAAUACAAAAUUUUUAUUCCUCAGAUUUUUACAUCAUUGUAUACAGAUGUGAGGGGUCGGUUACACGAAGCCUGGAUAGCGUUAUCCAGUGGAUAGCAAAUUUUUCUUAAAGUUCAUAAAAUCUCUUAUCAGGGAAAAAUAUACUAUUUGAACUGUGCAAUCGCUGAAAUAAAAUAUUGUUUCGAAACUAACAAAAUUUCUUUGUCAUAAGAAAAAUAAAAACACGCUAUCCAGGGUUCGUGCAACCGGCUCUUAUGUUAAAUCUUAUGUAGAUUGUGUUAAAUAAAUACAUACUAUAAAAA